AUGGGCGGGAAGGGAAAGACUGAACAGCUAGUGAAUGAGGACUUAAUUAAUAGAUAUGGUCAAGCAAUUGAAGAUUUGAAUAAACUAAAAAAGCAAAAUGAAGAACUAAGAGGAGUGUUACGUAGGCAGGAAACAGUGAAGAAACCAGUUCUCGUCCCAAACGUAUCUGACUUAUACACUUAUGAACAUGAGAUUGCUAGAAGAGAUUUGGAUAACUCAAUUAAAGAACUUUAUUAUUACCUUAAAGAUCAGUUUAGUCGAACUAACGAAUCCUUUUUGGAACAUGCAACUAACCAGAUCCUUUUCGUAUUAGGAAAAUCGUCCGCAUUGGGUAGUGUAGAUAAUGCGCGCGAAUGGCGAACUGCUAGUUUAUCAAAUAUUGCUUCACAAAUUUCUAACCGUAUUAACGCUUUGCAAAACCCUGAAGAUUGUUCUGCAGCUAAAAAAUUAAUUUGCAAUCUCAACAAAGCAUGUGGGUUUGGCUGUCAAAUACAUCAUGUGACUUACUGUUUUAUUGUUGCAUAUGGCACUAAUCGCACUUUGUUACUUGCCAAUGAUGGUCAAAGUUGGAGUUAUUCGAGAAGUGGUUGGGAAUCAGUUUUUUUGCCUGUUUCAAGCUGUUCAUACAAAAAAGUCAUUCGGAGCAACAGAGAUACUUUUACUUGGAAUGGAUACGAGGGUAGUAUGGCAUAUAAUGCUGUUUUACUGCCAAUAAUUGAUAGCCUUCGGCAUCGACCUCACUUUCUACCUCUUGCCUUUCCCGAAAACUUUGCGCAUGAUCUUAUCAAGUACCACUCUAAUCCACCAGUCUUUUUUAUUUCGCAGUUUAUGCGUUACUUGAUGCGGCCUAAUGAAAAUACAAAAAGGAAAGUGGAGUUGGCUGCAUCUAAAAUACCAUUUGCUGAUGGUCCUAUUGUUGGUCUUCAAAUUCGUCGUACUGACAAAGUUGGCACUGAAGCUGCAUUCCAUCCAUUAGCUGAAUACAUGAACUGGGCUGAAAUUUGGUUUCGGGUCGAAGAAAAUCGCCUUGGUCGAAAAUUAGCAAGAAGAGUUUUUGUAGCUUCUGAUGACCCUGAUGUUUUUGGCGAAGCUCGCAAUUCGCUGCAACGAGAGUUUGCAGGCACUGUAACGUAUUCACAUUAUGAAAUUUUUGGAGACGAUUCGAUCGCAAAGAGCGCUCAAUUGAAAUCUCGUUACUCAGAACAGUCAUUGAUUGGAGUUAUAAUUGAUAUUGAACUGCUUGCUCGGUGUUCAUACCUUGUAUGUACGUUUAGUUCUCAAGUGUGUAGGAUGGGGUAUGAAUUGAUGCAGGCUAGAGUUGGAGAUGCAGGUGAAAGCUUUCAUUCUCUAGACGACCUUUAUUAUUAUGGAGGGCAAGAAGCUCACGAACAAGUUGCUGUUGGAAGUUAUAAAGCAGAAACAGCAAAUGAAAUUGAUCUUGAAGUGGGCGACGUUAUCGGAGUAGCGGGUAAUCACUGGAACGGGUUCUCUAAGGGAACUAACAGAAGAACAGGUAAAAGUGGUUUGUAUCCUUCUUAUUUAGUUCGGGAAAAGUGGAUUACUGUGAAGUUCCCAUGA